ACACUGCAACAAAUUUGUUUUGAAGCUCGGGUUGGAGUCUCUCCGAGCAUCGGAAAAAAAUGGGCACCACGGAGCUCCAGUUCUCCGUCCACUCGCUGUGUCGCAUUUGCUUGAUCCACAUGGACCAGGGUGAGCGCCAUGAUUUGUUCCUGGCUCCCGAAUUGGCCAGGAAACUUAUGGCUUGCACUUCUUUGGAGGCGGAGCAGAGUGACGGCUUCCCGAAGCACCUCUGCACCCAAUGCUACACCAAGCUGAAUGACCUCCACGACUUCCGGGAACUGUGUCGGGGGUCCAUAAACCGCUUCAAGGAAAUGCUGGCCAGCAACAGGAUUAUUCCCAUGGGACUUUUUGAGCCCGUGGCGGAGAAUUCUGAGGCAUUGGGCAGGCAGGAAGAGCAGGCCAGCUAUGAUCCCCUGCUGAACCACAAGCUGGAGAUGAUUGACAACGAGGAGGAAGUGUUUAAGAUGCUGGAAACAGUGAGCAGGGAACCGGAGGAACAUGGUAGCGGGCAUAGCCAGGGGUAUUCCUCCAGUGAAGAGGAGGAUGAGAAUAAACCCGAUGCGGAGAGUUUUUCCAGCGAAGACGAACAACCUUUGGCCAGGCGUCGGAGGGUUCCCAGUAAAGAGCGUCACCUGCACCGCUUGAUUACCUGUUCAAUUUGCCAACAGAAGUUUAAAAAGCCAUCAAAGUACGAGGAGCACAUGAGACACCACAAUGAACUUUUGCCUUUUCAGUGCGAGGAUGAAAACUGCCGCAAGGGCUUCACCACAGCAGGUGCACUGCGUUUGCAUGUGGACUAUGCGCACACCAAGAAAGCGGAUGAGAUUCCGUGCACCGUGGAGGGUUGUAGGUUGCUAUUUCCCCGUCUCCGCCUCCUGACCAUCCACCUGAAAAAGGUGCACAACCAGGCAAGGGUGAGUGCUCCGCGUGUGGAGCAGCCUUGCAGGGAGUGCGGCAUGGUAUUCCGCUGUCCGGUGGCUCUGAAAAAGCACAUGUACAAGCACACGGGCGAGGAGCUCCCCUACCCCUGCAACAUCUGCGGCAAAGGUUUCCACAUAAACAGUGCUCUGAAGAACCACCUGCUUCGUCAUGCUGGCAUCAAAAACUACGUGUGUCCGUACUGCGGAGUGGGAAAAACCACUCGCCAGGAAUGGAGCAAGCACAUACUUACUCACACACAGGAGAAGCAGUUCAAAUGCCACAUCUGCGAUCAUGCCACCCACACAAAGCGGGCUCUGGAUAGCCACGUCAAGAUCGUGCACGAGAAGAUCCGGAACUUUGCCUGCCAGUACUGCGGGAAGACCUUUGGAAAAUCCCAUGCCUGCAAGAUCCACGAGAUGACUCACACUGGAGAGAAGCGCUGCGAGUGCAAAGUUUGUGGUAAGAAGUUCCUGUACACGGAAAGCCUUACGAAACACCUUAAAAUUCACGAAAAAAGCGUAGAGAGGGCUCUGGAAACAUAUCGACAAAGGCAAGGGGACGGUGAGCGUGGAGUCGGUCAAGUGGACGCGGAUCAGUUGCUAAAGGUGUGUGCCGAAUCCGUGGCCACCAUACCGAAGGAUCCACGUCGCGUAGAGCGAGUUGAUCUGGCCCAACUGGCUGGUACUGCGGUUAAUCCCAUACCCACAGUCCAGAUGCCGCCAGGCGAAGUGCCCAUCCGGUCAAAGUUUGUCCAGAAGGAGGGUAUGCACCUGUGUCCCGGCUGCAGUCAGGGAUUCAAUAACCUGGGCAACAUGAAGCGCCACUACAAGAGUGUCCACGAAAAGGUUAAGGACUUUGAAUGCCGUUUCUGCUCACGCCGCUUUGCCAACUCGCAAUCCCUAAAACAACACGAGUGGAUACACACAGGCGAAAAGCCGUAUGAGUGCAAGGUCUGUGGCACUCAUUUCCGCCAGGAAGCGGCUCUAAUCCGCCAUCAAAAAGUCCAUGAUGAAAAGACGCCAAAGCCUCCAAGACCCCCCAAGGAAAUCAGCGAAAGAGCCCGCCAAAAGGCGAUGCACAAAAGUGAGCGAAGGCGGAAGGUUGAGGCCCUCCGGCAUGAGAUUGCAGAGGCAGCCAAGGAGGAGCUUAAGGAUCUGGAAAAACAACGGACAAUGGAGAAGCAGCAGAACACCUACGAACAGUAUCAAGCAGCGGCAGCAGGGCAGGCGCAUCCUGAAUCUAAGAAAGACACUUGAUCAAACGUCAGUUUUAGGUUUCCAUAAGGCUUCAAGACUUCCGAAACUCGUGGAAGUUUAAAUUGUUGGUUAAUAUUUAACUAUCGUUUAAUUGUUACCUUGCUUUUAAGUAAAAAAUAAACUUUUGAUAGUGUAUCAAAAAAA